GAACAAUGACUUGCCGUGUUGCCUUUCUAGCGGCGCUACUGGCGCUCAUCUGCGCCAGCCAUGUGGCUGUGGGACUGGGCAUAAUAGUGCCGGGCACGAAGUGGUGUGGACCGGGAAACAUAGCCACCAACUACGAUGACCUGGGCACUGAGCGGGAAACGGACAUGUGCUGUCGGGCGCACGACAACUGUGAGCAGAAGAUUCCGCCGCUGGAGGAGCUCUACGGGCUGAGGAACACCGGAAUAUUUCCCAUAUUCUCCUGCGCCUGCGAGUCCGCCUUCCGGAGCUGCCUCUCCGCUCUGCGCAACGGGCACUCCCUGGCCCUCGGCAAGAUCUACUUCAGCACCAAGGAGGUCUGCUUCGGCUAUGGACACCCCAUCGUCUCCUGCCGCGAGAAGCAGGCGGACCUGUUCGAGACGCGAUGUCUGAGCUACCGAGUGGACGAAGGUCAGUCGCAGCGCUGGCAGUUCUACGACUUGGCUUUCUACACACACGUCAGCGGCAGCGAGGAGGACUCCCGGGAUUGAACUUCGACAUCCGCCGGCGAUAAGCCCUCUUCUGUUUACAUAGCUGAUUUUACUGAAGCUAAACUGAAUUGAUUCGAAUUUUGAAGGUAGUCAGUCUAAUCACUUUGUAAAAUAAACCAAUUAGCAUUGACUAAAACGAAACAUAUAGUUUUAAAGUGAUUUUUAAAGAACGAAGAAUACAAAAUUAAGAGUUUUAAACUGGUUUACUGCAAGAAAAAGGUGUUUAUGUCCAUUCGAAAUGAAAGACUAGAAUUAAAGGCAUAAAUUAGUUGAAAACUGUA